AAACCAACACCCUGAUACAAACCCCAAGAAAAGCUCUUCAUCUUCAAUAUGGGUGCCGUGGUUUCUUGCAUCCAAAGCGUCUUCCGCGCCAUCGGUAGCUGCCUUAUGGCCAUAGUCAACGCUAUCGGCUCCAUCUGCCACGCCAUCAUCAGCGGUGUGGUCACAGUGAUCGAUGUUAUCAUCUCCUGCCUGACCUGCGGCUACUGUGGAAAGCGCCGGCGAGGUCGUCGAUCAGCAGUCUGAUAGGAAACAAACUAUCCUGUCUAUAGACACACCUAUGAGUCCAUGAGGAUAGAAGG